CCCCCGCGGCGACGUCAUCCGGGCUCUGCAGCCGGCGGGGCGGCGCGUGCCGCUGCUGCAGUUGCUGCAGGAGGAGGCGGUGGCGCGAGCGCGGGCUGGAGAUGGCGUCGGCUACCGACUCCCGCUAUGGGCAGAAGGAAUCCUCGGACCAGAACUUCGACUACAUGUUCAAGAUCCUGAUCAUCGGCAACAGCAGCGUGGGGAAAACCUCCUUCCUCUUCCGGUACGCCGACGACUCCUUCACGCCCGCCUUCGUCAGCACCGUCGGCAUCGACUUCAAGGUCAAGACCAUCUACCGGAACGACAAGCGCAUCAAGCUGCAGAUCUGGGACACGGCCGGCCAGGAGCGGUACCGCACCAUCACCACCGCCUACUACCGCGGCGCCAUGGGCUUCAUCCUGAUGUACGACAUCACCAACGAGGAGUCCUUCAACGCCGUGCAGGACUGGUCCACCCAGAUCAAGACCUACUCCUGGGACAACGCCCAGGUCCUGCUGGUGGGGAACAAGUGUGACAUGGAGGACGAGCGCGUCGUCUCCUCCGAGAAGGGCCGCCAGCUCGCCGAGCACCUGGGUUUUGAGUUUUUCGAGGCCAGCGCCAAGGACAACAUCAACGUGAAGCAGACCUUCGAGCGGCUGGUGGACAUCAUCUGCGAGAAGAUGUCGGAGUCGCUGGACACGGCCGACCCGGCCGUCACCGGCGCCAAGCAGGGCCCCCAGCUCACGGACCAGCAGGCCCCCCCCCACCAGGACUGUGCCUGCUAGGGCCAGCCCCCCUCCCCCCCCCUCCCACCUUCAAACCCCCCCAAAAACCGAUCAGUGCACCCCCCCCCACCUCCCCGAGCCCCUCUUCUUGGGGGUCCCGCGGGGGCUUUUGCUGCUGAGACCUCCGAAAGGGCUGCGGCCCCUCUAGGAGCAACCCCCCCUCAUUCAGUUAGGCUGUGCGCCCCCCCCCCCCCCCGCCCUUAAUUUAUUUUUAAGCCUGGGCUGGUAGAAAACUCCCCCUGUUCUGCUUUUAGUCGCUCCACGGGCCUCGCUCUCCGAGAAAUACCAUUUUCUCUUGUCUGCUCGCCCCCGCCGGCUCCCAUCGCCCCCAUCUUCCCCCCCCGCCCCCAACCCUUAAAACGGGGACCUCAAAACCUCGUGUCCCCGCUGGGACCCCCCCCGUCCCCCUCCCCAGCCCGGCGGCGGUCCCGCCUGCCCAAAGAGCUCCCGGGGGCUCUUUGUGCCUGGCUUCCCGCCCCCCCCCCCCGGCCCUUCCGUGGAUGGAUAUUUCCUAAAUCUUGUUUAUUUGUAUAAAUAGAUGCUAAUUUAUGCUCCCGCCGUCUUCCUCCUUGUACAUAAGACAAACUCCUUGUAAAUAGGCGUAGGAAGUGACGCUGUGUGCGUGACCUGCUGUGCUGUGGCCGUGGUGGUGCAUUUAUUAUUAUUAUUAUUAUUAUAUUCCCCCCCCCCCCGCCCCAGUGUGGUAACCUUGCUUGUGAAUAUCACUUUUAAAAAAAAAAAAAAAAAAAAAAAGAAAUCUACUAUUUACAGGUUUAAAAGACUUAAGUCCAUGAGCGAGGCCAGCCGAGCAAGCUGUAGCAAAUUAGCCCCGGUUUGGGGACCUUGGCGGAGCCCCCGUUUUUGGGUUGGAUUAUUUUAUUUUUAUUUUUUUUUUUAUUAUUUUGCGGGGCCGGGGGGGGCGGGGGGGGAGCGUUGCUAAUUUGCUGCGGGGCGCUGGGCUCCUGGCGCGCUCCUGUCGUUACCGUGCUUCUGUGGAGACUGUGAAUCCGUGGCUGUUCCCCUAGCGACGGCAGACCCGCAGGUCUUGCCGUCCUCUAUUUAUUUUUUCUUGGAGCGCUGUGUCUUUAUUUUACAGAUUUCCCCCCCCCCUCCUCCAGACCCCGGUACCACCUUCCUUGCCCCCCCCCCCUUCCCCUUUCCUAUUUUUUGUGAAGUUUACUUAUGGAAGAGUUACACUGUACUGUACAAAUGUCAAAAGUGUCAAAAAGAGUACAAUUUCCUAAAAAUCACUGUAUUAAAAGAAAUGUUGUGAAGAAAUAAAUCAAUGCUGAUCACUGGUC